AGGGGGCGGGGCGAGUCGCUGCUGCUUUCCCGCUGAGGCGCCUCGCUCUCCGACGCCUUCGCCUCCUCUUGGCCUCCGCUGCCGCCUUCCUUUUGCUCAGACUGCCUUCAGACGACGCGACCGCAGUUUCCGUUAUGGCGACCCGCAGCCCCAGCGUUGUGAUUAGUGAUGAUGAACCAGGGUAUGACCUAGAUUUAUUUUGUAUACCUAAUCAUUAUGCUGAGGAUUUGGAAAAGGUGUUUAUUCCUCAUGGACUAAUUAUGGACAGGACUGAGCGACUUGCCCGAGAUGUGAUGAAGGAGAUGGGAGGCCAUCACAUUGUAGCCCUCUGUGUGCUCAAGGGGGGCUACAAAUUCUUUGCUGAUCUGUUGGAUUACAUCAAAGCACUGAACAGAAAUAGUGAUAGAUCCAUCCCUAUGACUGUAGAUUUUAUCAGGCUGAAGAGCUACUGUAAUGACCAGUCGACAGGGGACAUAAAAGUAAUUGGUGGAGAUGAUCUUUCAACUUUAACUGGAAAGAAUGUCUUGAUUGUUGAAGAUAUAAUUGAUACUGGCAAAACAAUGCAAACCUUGCUUUCCUUGGUCAAGCAGCAUAAUCCAAAGAUGGUCAAGGUUGCAAGCUUGCUGGUGAAAAGGACCCCUCGAAGUGUUGGAUAUAGACCAGACUUUGUUGGAUUUGAAAUACCAGACAAGUUUGUUGUAGGAUAUGCCCUUGACUAUAAUGAAUACUUCAGGGACUUGAAUCACAUCUGUGUCAUUAGUGAAACUGGAAAAGCCAAAUACAAAGCGUAAGAUGAGAGUUCAAGUUGAGUUGGAGACAUCUGGAAUCCCAUGAAAGUCACCAGUAAAAUUAUCAAAUGUUCUAGUUCUGUGGCCAGCUGCUUAGUAGAACUUACUGCAUGUAUCUUCUAUGAGUUUUGUCUGUUACAUGUUUUAGAAAUGUCCUUGCUGCAUUCCUGAACUCUUUAAUUUACAAUAUGUAAUAUUACACUGUAGACUAUCAGUUCCCUUUGGGUGGAUUGUUGUUUUAUUUUUGAAUGGAAACUCUUUUAAGUGACACCACUGUUGAAUGAAAAUAUUUAAAGAAACAUUUAAAGAGAAGAUAUAUUAGUUUUUUAAUUGGCAUUUUAAUUUUUAUAUAUUCAGGAAAGAACAGAAGUUAUUGAAUAUUGUUAGUUACACACUACUAUGUGUUUCAAAAAGUAAUAAAUAAGCAGUCAAUUUUCACAUUAAUGACAGCAUCUAAAAGGUAUUGUUAUGUUGGAUAAACCAUAUGUCCUAGAAUUAUUUUGGUAGUUUUUAAGUAGUAUUAACUGUAUUUUCCUGCUUGUUCAGAUUAUUUCCAGUGAGUCUCUGUCAACAUUUCCUUUUAAAUAUAGGUCAAUAAAUUCCAAAAAAAUU